AUGGAGAGUCUGCACAUCUCAGAAGAAAGCUGGGGAAGGAAUCAGACUGAACAUGAAGGAAUGGAAGUGGCCCCAACUCCAACUCCAGUCAGCAAGCCAAGGCCAACCUCCCUUGGGCUUCUUUAUUCCUCGUCACAGCUAGUCAGGAGACUAAGGAACAUCCAAGCCCAAGGCGCACUCAGGCUGCCCUCUGCCACUGUCAUCCAGGUGGACUGGCCGAGGCUGUGCGACAGCCAGCCUCUCGCUCCGACUGGACACUCGGUCUUUGUUAGUUUACUGCCCUCUAAUUCGAGGCGCUCAUAUUUAAAGGCAAAGCAACCAAACUUGAAGAUCAAGGAUGCCGUUGAGCCUGAGGAGGAUCUACACCAUCACGUGUUCUGCCAUCGCCUUGUCAAGCCGUUUUGUUUUGACUUCAAAACCCGCAAGACCGAGACUCUGGGCCUGGACGCUCUGCUUGCUCGUGGAGAUCCCCCAGCGCACCCCAGUUAUGGCCGUUCCGCAGAAUCGAGAUGUCCCGCGGGGACUGAUGUUUCCAGGACCAUUGCUCAGUCCAGCCUGUACCAUUAG